AUGGAAAAAAAGAGUACAUUCGACUUGGUUUCAGACGAUUCCGAUCACCAAUUCCACCGCCACAACAUCGGAGGAAACUACUUCAGCGACACAAAGAGCGCCGUCUACAAACGCAUCAUGAAAGAGUGGAAAAUCCUCGAGAAAAACCUCCCCGAUUCGAUCCACGUAACAGCCUACGAACGCCGCAUCGACUUACUCCGCGCCGUCAUCAUCGGCGCCGCCGGUACACCUUACCACGACGGUCUCUUCUUCUUCGACAUCGCAUUCCCGGAAGAUUACCCUAACAAACCACCGAAGAUCCAUUACAUCUCAUUCGGGUACCGACUCAACCCGAAUCUGUACUCAAACGGUUACGUUUGUUUGAGUCUUUUGAACACAUGGACGGGUAAAAAGUUCGAGAGGUGGGACCCAGCUACUUCAACGCUGCUUCAGGUUUUAGUUUCUAUUCAAGCGCUUGUUCUUAACGAGAAGCCUCUAUAUAACGAACCUGCUUACCGUGUUUUGAGUCGUUCGCUUUUCGAGUCGAAGUCACGUGCUUAUAAUGGCGACGUUUUCGUUCUCACGUGCUACUCCGCUGUUUGCCUUAUUCGGAAACCGCCGAAGAAUUUUGAGGAAUUUGUUAAGGAGCAUUUUCGUGAGCGAGGGUGUGUGCUUCUCGCCGCGUGUAAGGAGUACGCGAACGGGCGCGUGAGGGUUGGGUAUUACGGUUACAACAGCAAUAACAACAAUACCGCAGUCAUUAAAGUUACCGAGUCUUUUCAGAAGCUGUUACGAAGGGCUUAUGGGUGUAUGUUUAAGGCGCUUUUAGAAUGUGGUGCUUCGUUGCAGGGUUUUGUUGCAGAGUUGGAAGUGGAUAAACAAGUGAAAGGAAAGAGAUCCAGCGCUGGGAAAGGAAUCAUCAAGAAAGCUAUGGGGAAGAUCAAACAAGCUUUGGGAUGGAAGAAGAAGAAGAACAACACUGAUUAA